AUGAAAGCAUUAAUUGAACGUGGUUUACAAUAUGCUGGUGGUAUUUUAAGACGACAACAAAUUACUUAUCCUGCAAGGAAUCGUUUUUGGUUAUCAACACAGUCACCUUCACCUCUUCUACCACCACGACCAUUACCGCUACCACCACCGCCACCGCCACCACACACCACCACCACCACCACCGCCACCGCCACCACCACCACCACCAAUAUUCAUCCUCCUCCGCCUCCUCCUCCUCAUAUUCAACCACAACAAUUUCAAUUUCCUUUUUUUCAAUCCCAACAUCUAUCACAGUAUCCAAUGCAACAAUCAUGGUUUCCAUCUAUUUUUAAUACGGUACACAGUAAUGGAAAAGGUGCAGGUACAGCAAUUUAUCAGAGUAAUGGUGAAAUUUCAAAAAAUAGUGGAGGAAGUGGAACAGGUGGUUCAUCACAACAUAGCAAAAAGAAAGUUAAAAGAAAAGCUGAACCACCUGUUUUAGGAAUACGUUAUACAAUAUCAUGCGUACGACAUGGUGAAAUAGAUGAUGAUAAUAUGUUAACAUUAUGUGGUACCUGUUGGACAUGGCGUAAAUUACCACCUGAUUAUUUUCCACCUUUAAUUAAUGAACUUGUUUGCUCAAAAGAAAAUCAAGGUCAUUGUCUAUCUGGUUGGGGUAAAUGUCAACAAAAAUAUCGUAAUUUUGAUGUGCUACGAAAUGUUAAUGGAAAUUGGCAACCAACAACGAUCUCAACAGCAACAUGCUGUGAUUGUCGAAUUCGAGCAGGCACUGAAAUACAUCCACUUGUUAUUGGCAAAAGGCAAAAUUAA